UGCGUGCCCCGGAAGCAGUUCUUUGGCCGGUGACACGUAGCAACAGGGCUACUGCAGGGUCUGGAACUGAGUUUGGGGGUGUUACUAGGGGCCGCUGGAGCUGCAGCCGCCGCCGUCGGAGCGUUUGAUCAUUGGCAAUGUCAGGCUUUGAUAACUUAAACAGCGGUUUCUACCAAACAAGUUACAGCAUCGACGAGCAAUCUCAGCAGUCCUAUGACUAUGGAGGAAGUGGAGGACCCUACAGCAAGCAGUAUGCUGGCUAUGACUACUCGCAGCAAGGCCGAUUUGUCCCUCCAGACAUGAUGCAAGCACAGCAGACAUACACUGGGCAGAUUUACCAGCCAACUCAGGCGUAUCCUUCGGCUGCACCUCAGACAUACUAUGGAGACAGCUUUGAGGAGGAGCCUCCUUUGUUAGAAGAGUUGGGUAUCAAUUUUGAUCACAUCUGGCAAAAAACACUAACGGUGCUGCACCCCCUAAGAGUGGCUGAUGGCAGCAUUAUGAACGAAACCGACCUGGCAGGGCCCGUGGUGUUCUGCCUUGCCUUUGGAGCCACACUGUUACUGGCUGGCAAAAUCCAGUUUGGCUAUGUAUAUGGGAUCAGUGCAAUUGGAUGUUUAGGAAUGUUUUGUUUGUUAAAUUUAAUGAGUAUGACAGGUGUCUCAUUUGGUUGUGUGGCAAGUGUCCUGGGGUAUUGUCUUCUUCCCAUGAUCCUGCUGUCCAGCUUUGCAGUGGUAUUUUCUUUACAAGGAAUGGUAGGAAUUCUUCUCACUGCGAUGAUCAUUGGCUGGUGUAGUUUUUCGGCUUCCAAAAUUUUUAUUUCUGCAUUAGCCAUGGAUGGACAACAACUUUUAGUGGCAUAUCCUUGUGCUUUGUUGUAUGGAGUCUUUGCCCUGAUUUCCAUCUUCUGAACUGAUUUGUCUGGGAUGUGGAUAUCAGUGGGCUGAACUCACCAAAAGGACCUUGGACUCUUCAAAUUGGACCAGCAAAUCACUGCAGUGCAGCUAGCUCAUGCCGAUGACCAGUAGCCUGGAAGCUGCAGCAGCAGCAGACAGUCUUUUUCAUUCAUUUGUACAGGACAGUUGACAUUGUAUGGAGUCCCCUGCAGAUGACUAGCUCUGCGUGCUUGUUCUUAUACAGCUAAGAAGUUCAAUUUCUUUCCUGAUCCUGCAGCCUUUGACAAACAACUCUUUUCCUUACAGAGUAUAUUAUGAUGUUUUUGAUAGAUUUUUACCAAAUGGGAAACCAGCCACAAAGCCAAUAGAUAAUCUUUCCCAAAAACAACCCAGUUAAGUAAAGAAGAAACAGGUUGUAUUGCAGAAAUAUUUUUCCAAGGAAUUAGGAAAGAAAAUGCUUGCAGUAUCCUCAAGUUCAGUGCACUGAAGUAAAGCUGAACAAAACAAAAUCCCAGUGCAGAGCUUUCUGAGUUUGUGCUUCAAAUAUUUGACAUUCCUAUAAAUUGUCUCAUGAAAUCUGUGCUGAUAUUCAGAUACAAGCAGUUCACAGUCGCUUUACCUUGUGGAGAUGAAAUGUGAGCAGCUAUUUAGACAUUAGGGUCAACUAAUCUGGACUGGCCACAUGAUGCUUAGUUUUGUCCACAUGUCCCAGGAAGAAGAAAUCACUAACUUUUUUUUUUUUUUUUUAUUGAGAAAAAAAAAUAUUUAAAGUUUCACAAUUUCAGUAUUGCUGUUAUACUGUACAGUGAAUUUGAUGCUUAUUAAAAUUUUCCCAAUUAACUCUGUGGUUGAGUUUAUUUUCACUAAACUACUAUUCUCUGUCUUGUUUUCAUUAGGGAUUGGUUUUGACUCCUGAUUUAAACCAAGUUUUAGAAGUAGAAGUCAUUCUGGUGUAGAACCAGACAAAUAUGAAGUGAGAAGUGGUUUACUUCGAACGACAGUGUUAGGUCCUGAUUUUAAACUCACUUGGUUUGUAUCAUUGCACCAUCUGGUAAGAGGGUCUGUAGGGAAGUGCUGUAUGUCUUGUGUGUGGACUCCUGGCUUUAAAACACCCCAGGUUCUGGAGAGUAUUCAGUAAUAGUUAUGAGCAAGGAUGGAAUAGAAACUAAAGUCUCAUGGUUUUCACAAGAGGGGGCCAGCAGCCGAAAGAAACAUACUACCCAGAAUGCUAAUGCUGUAUUUUAGAAGAUGUUGUCAAGUAGAAAAGGAGCCUCACACACAGGUUCUUCCUUUAUUUUUGAUGUUCUGGGUUUAGGUAUUGAUGGUGAGUCUUGGGUACAUUUUCACAUUCAACCUUGAACUCCUAACAUUGUCAUUUUUGAUUCAUUUUACAUAGUUCCUGUUGAAGCAAAUUUGUGAAUGUCUUCUGUUAAUACACUGCUCUUUAUAGUGAAUAAGGGAGAUAAUGCUUGAGAAAUUGUCUCACACUUGGUUAUAUUUAACCCACUGUUACCCAAUUCUACCAGAUAAACCUAAUUUUCUUACCAUUUGUUGCUUCCUGUCAUCAAAAUGUUUUUUAUUUGAACCAUUUUUCCAUGGUUUUAUGCUGGUGUUGGCUGUGUCUCAUUUAAAUGUCCUUGUAUGCAACUGACAUUCAGUUUGUUCCCAUGUUCAACAAAAAGUUACCAACAUGAGAUAUUAACAUUAAAUUAUUUUUCUAUAAAAAUGGCUACAUAAUGUAAUUGUAUCUGAUACAUGGUUUAAUUUUAGAAUUUGCUUCGCACAUUAAUCAUGUAUAGAUAGCACUUUCUCACGAAACUCUUAAGUAAAAAUCAACAUAAUGUAACCAUGUUUGUAUAUAUGUUGAAAUAUAAUACAGUAUGUCUGAAAAGUGUUGUAUGGCAGCCUUUUUGGUAAACAGUAUAGUUUCAAGUUCACCAUUUGAAUAAUUGAAAGCUGCUAUGAGGGCAACAGAUUGGCACAUUUCACACCUCACUGUUGCCAGUGAGUGAAGCAGUACGUCUGCACUAGUGAGUGAUUCCUUUAUACCCAUGUGCAUGCCAAGGUCAUAUUUUACAUGUGGUUGGUUAAUUAUGCCUAUGGUUUAAAUGUACAUUUUACAUCUUUGCUAUAAUUGUGUAUUGCCUACUGUUUUCAAGAACCAUACUAGGUUUGUAGACAAACUUGAUUCUUCAUGUGCAGACACAAAGUUUGCUCAUCUCUUGAAAUCAGAAAAUCUACAAAACGAUGAGUUUCAUAAUAGCAUUUUUGUACAUUUAUGUAAGGCCUGUUUAUAAGAAUGAAACCAUGCCUUUGUGGGUAAAUGGAUUGAACUGGAAUUCAUCAUGUUAGCUGAAAUGUGCAUGCAAUACUUAAAGAACUGUCAGAUAGUUCAGGUAGAAGAAAUUGAAGAAAAUGGAGGGAAGAGGAAUAGAGAGCAGUGGGAAAGGGGGAGAUUUCACCUGUCAACAUCAAGUACAGCAAGCAGGUCUACUCAAGCAAUGCCUCAUAUUCAACCUGUCCUUGCCUGGUGUUCACUGAGAUGUCACAUCAAAUUCCAGCUGCUAGUUAUUCCAUGGUCUCCAUUUUUAUAAACCCCAAGGGUUUUUUAGAAAGAAAAGCUUAAUUUAUCAAGCAGUAUAUCUCAUUGCAUGAUUGUUUUAAAACCCAAAUUUUAGAAACAAAACAUUUACUAUCAAGCAAGAAACAAAAGUACUUUCUCAUAAGUAAACUUCAUAUUUAUGUGAAUUAAGCAUUUUUUUCUCUUUAAAGUAUAAUUAGGAUUGUGUUUGUGAUGGAGUGGGAAUAACAGGAUAUUAUUGGCAGUAUCAUAAUGAAGAGUUGGCUCAUGGUGCUUUUUUUCAUGGGUAGAUGAGACUGACUUGUCCUUAGCUUAUCCCUCAACCUGUCCUGUUUAUUUUCAAGCUGCCUAAAUAAAACCUAGUCUUAUGUU